AGAUGUUUGAACUUACACAUCUUGGAGCUAUGUUUCACAAUGGCCCCGUCCAACUGGCGGAGAGCUACGACACUGCAUACCCCGGCAUCUGCGACCCCAUGCCAGGAUGGAACGUCACCUGGAAUCCUCCUGACUGCAACACUCAAGUAACGCCCGACGUGCGCGGGCUGAUGCCUUCCGCUGCAUGGCACCAAGCAGGAGGUACUCAGUCGCUGGUUACGGAGAGCUACGACACUGCAUACCCCGGCAUCUGCGACCCCAUGCCAGGAUGGAACGUUACCUGGAAUCCUCCUGACUGCAACACUCAAGUAACGCCCGACGUGCGCGGGCUGAUGCCUUCCGCUGCAUGGCACCAGGUCGGCGGUACGACUGAAGCUCUUGCUGUACCUGCCAUGAUGAGCAACGAGGUUGCCCCCAAAGGCCCCACAUCCAAGGCAUCGCCCGGCCACCUCGUCCUAUGCGGCCAUGCCGCCCUCAUGGGGGCGUGGAUGGCCACCUCAGACGCUCUGGACCGCAAGGGAGAGAGCAACUGGUUCGACAACUUCAGGAAGCACACGCAAGCAGCGGCCAACGCUGUCACUCCGGUGGGAGGAAAGUUGUUGGAGACUCAUGUGUUCAAGCAGGAGCAGUAGAGCAGCGAGAGACAUCUGCUGUGCAGAAGUG